AUGCUUUGCGGAAUCUCCGGAGAAGCUCCCCAAGAGCCUGUCGCGUCCAAGAAGUCGGGCGUUGUAUACGAGAAACGACUCGUAGAGCAGUACAUCAAUGAACAUGGCGCAGAACCCAACGGCGAAGUCAUAACAGCCGACGACUUGCUGCCCAUCAAGUCUUCUCGCAUCCCCCGACCCCGACCCCCUACUCUGACAUCGAUUCCUGCACUCCUUGCCACAUUUCAAAACGAAUGGGACAACCUUGCCCUGGAGACGUACAACCUGAGAGAGCAGUUGGCACGGACGAGAGAGGAGCUUGCCACGGCCUUGUACCAGCACGAUGCCGCCGUUCGCGUCAUUGCCCGGCUGACAAAAGAGAGGGAUGAGGCCAGAGACUCGCUGAGCAAAGUUACCGUAACAGACGGUGCUGCAGCCGGCGAGGACAUGGUUGUGGAUAGUGUUGAGCUGCUGCCAGAAGAGCUGGCAGCACAGGUGGACCAAACACAUCAGAGCCUAUCCAAGAGCCGCAAGAAGCGCCCUGUCCCAGAGGGCUGGGUUUCUGCCGACGAGGUGUCCUCGUUUGAGCCGACAACAAUCAACUCUUUACCUGUCCCACAAGCCACAUCACUAGAUCUCGAGGGCAGCUAUGCGGUGGCGGGCGGAUUGAACGGCGAGGCGGCCAUCUAUUCUAUCGAGGCGGACAACGUGGAGAGAACCGUGCCUGUCAAUGAGCCCGUAACAGAUACUCUGUGGUCCGGGUCAAAGGUUUUCUUUGCCACCAGUCAGGGAAACAUCAAAGUCUACGAGGCUGGCAACGAGAUUGGCACCAUGUCUGAGCACGCUGGAGCUGCCAGUGGCCUGAGCUUACAUCCUUCUGGAGACCUGCUUGCGUCGGUGGGCACUGACAAGAGCAUCGUGUUUUACCAGCUGGAGACGAUGAAGCGAGUCAGUCGAGCAUAUGCCGAUGCCUCUUUGACUACAUGCGCUUUCCACCCUGACGGACAUUUAUUCGCCGCGGGCACUGUCAAUGGAGACAUCAAGCUGUACAUGACCAAGACGCUCGAGCAGGCCGUGGUAUUCAAGCUCGGUGCCCCGGUUCAGGCCAUUGUCUUUUCCGAAAAUGGCUUCCUGCUGGCAGCCACAGCCAAGGGACAGACCAGCGUUACCAUUUUCGACCUGCGCAAAGAGGGAGAUGCGGCGGUUUCCAAGGUGCUCGAGACGGGCGGCUCAGUGCAGUCGCUGGCCUGGGACUAUUCAGGCCAGUUCCUGGCGACGGGCGGAGCGACGGGCAUUACCGUCCAGCAGUACACAAAGUCGAGCAAGAAGUGGAGCGAGCCGCUGCGCAACUCUGUGGCUGCCAUUGCGGUUCGCUGGGGCGAGUCGGGCAAGAAGCUGGUUUCUCUCAACGGAGAGGGUGUGGUGAGCGUGCUUGGCGUCAAGAACUAA